AGGAUGCCUCAGAAGCUGCUGAGGAGCGCGCAUUACAUCGAGCUGGGCAGCUACCAGUACUGGCCGGUGCUGGUGCCCCGCGGCAUCCGCCUCUACACCUACGAGCAGAUCCCCGUGGCCCUCAAGGACAACCCGUACAUCACCGACGGCUACCGGGCCUACCUGCCCUCCCGGCUGUGUAUCAAAAGUUUGUUUAUUUUAUCUAAUGAGACUGUAAACAUCUGGAGUCAUUUGCUGGGUUUCUUUCUCUUCUUCACACUGGGAAUAUAUGACAUGACACAUGUGCUACCUUCGGCAAGUGCGUCCAGAGAAGAUUUUGUAAUUUGUUCCAUUUGCCUUUUCUGCUUCCAGGUCUGUAUGCUUUGCUCUGUGGGCUAUCAUCUUUUUUCCUGCCAUAGAUCAGAAAAAACCUGUCGAAGAUGGAUGGCAUUAGAUUAUGCAGGAAUUUCUAUUGGAAUACUGGGCUGCUAUGUCUCUGGAGUAUUUUAUGCAUUUUAUUGUAAUAAUUACUGGCGCCAGGUGUACCUGGUCACCGUGCUGGCGAUGAUCCUGGCAGUGUUCUUCGCGCAGAUCCACCCCAGUUACCUCACUCAGCAGUGGCAGAGGCUGCGCUCCGUCAUCUUCUGCUCUGUUUCGGGGUACGGAGUAAUUCCCACUCUUCACUGGGUUUGGCUCAAUGGAGGAAUAGGUGCUCCUAUUGUACAGGACUUUGCGCCCCGCGUGGUUGUGAUGUACGUGAUCGCGCUGCUUGCUUUCCUAUUCUACAUUUCCAAAGUUCCAGAGCGGUACUUUCCAGGACAACUAAACUACCUCGGAUCAAGCCACCAAAUAUGGCACAUCCUUGCAGUAGUGAUGUUAUAUUGGUGGCACCAGUCAACAGUGUAUGUCAUGCAGUACAGACAUAGCAAGCCUUGUCCCGACUAUGUUUCACAUCUGUGAAUUCAGGUAUGGCUGCCUGCUGUGUUCAGCUGUUGAGCAAUAUGUAACGGGGACUUGUAUACCCCAAUAUUUCUAAGAUUCCCAUUAGUUUUUCCUUUUUUCCUGUUUAAUAUAUCAUGAGUAAUACUUUAUAAAAAUGGGAAAAUACACUUUGGAAUCUGUAAUAGUAACUGCUUUACAGGCCCUUAAAACUACUAAACCGCUGCUUGUACAGGAAGUGAAAAUUAGUUGGCAUUCAAAAGAAACGUCUGAAUAACAGUGAAUGUGAAACCAGAGUAGAAAUAGUAUGCAUUUUACUUACCAGCAGCUUCAUUUCCUUAGGAAGGGCUCACCUCCAUUCUGAAAUGGAGUCAUCCUGUGUGAUUACUUUGGUAGAAAAUAUUUGCUGCAGAUGAUCAAGUUCAAGUGCCUCAUCAAGGCGAGGGUUACGACAGCCUCUGCUUAACACAAGCCAGGAUAGUGAUUGUGAAUCGUCACUGGCCUUCACAUGGUUUGUGAGCAGCUGGCAGAUAAGAUGUUACUUCCAUUAGCUGUGGGUUCCCUUCUCCCUUGGAACAUCGGACUUGUUAGUUUUCUGGAACAAAAGUUUUAAACCUCUUCUCCUUUAACUUGAAAGACAUGUUGAGAAGACGAAAAUACCUUGCAUUGUCAUUUCCCAUCAGAUAGCAGACACCAUAAAAACUACGUGAUCAGGUGAUAAAUUCUGUAGUCUGAUAACCAAGUGAUUAGCCAUUGAAGCUUUUUAAUUUCAAGUAAUAUUAUUUAAGUCCAUGUAACCAUGGAACUCUUGCCAGUGGAUUGCAGGUUUUUGGUUCCGAACUCCCUGCAGCUUUCACCUCUGUAUUUGCAAUCCUGAAUUUCCUGAUGGGGGUUCCCAGCUAUAUGGGUGCUACUUUCAAGGCCAUAGAAUCCAGGUGGCCCAGUCUUGACCCCGAAUGAACCUUGCGCCUUAGAAUAGUCAUGCCAAUGCCCCAUUUCAUGGCAGCUUAUUCACCUGUGCUCUGGUCUUUCUCUGUUCAUGCAUGUGUUCGCAUUGUACUAACUCAGAGUAUCAACACACACUAAUAUGGGGGCCCGCAAAAUUAAAUGGGCAUUUUAGUGUAUAUACUUAACAAAUAGAUCUCCAUGCCCUACCACACAACGUGACACUCCUCUUCUUUGGUCUUUUUCAUAUGCAUAAAUUAAAUCCCUUAAAGCAGUCAGUCAUAAAAACAUGUUGUUUAUUGGAAUAUAAACUAUUACCCAAGUUUCUUAAUGAGUUGACAUGAACUGCUUUAAAUAUUGGUAUAUCUUCAGAACCUUGGAAUUCCUAAAUAUCAGAAAUGUUGAUUGAUGGUGAGGUAUAUUCCCAAAAUGCCAUUUGUACAUCUGAUACUAGGAAUGUUAACUUUAAUGUGCCUCAGUUUAUGCAUCUAUAAAAUUUUGUAUUUUUUUCAGUGUAGUGUUUUUGGAAUAUAAUUCCCCAUGCUAGGAUCUCAGCAAAGAGAAUUUUCCCAGUAUGCCAAGGACACACUGUGUUUUGAUGGAGUACUACUUUGAAGAUGGCUUUCUUAUCGCAUAAGGCCACAAAUUUUAUUCAUGUGCUAAAUAUUGAAGAUUCUAGUGUAAUGAUAAUAGGAUAUAUUUUCCCUAAAGCAUCCCUUAUUGGCUUGCAUGAUAUUAUUGCUUUUAAAUAGAUAUUUUUUUCAUUUUGGCCAAACAAAAUACACUAUUUACAAUUAAUUUAAAAAUGAAGGAGCAGUCUAGUUAUUUUAGGUCAGGGACCAUUUUUGUUAUAAAGUCUUCUCAAAAACAUAUUGAACCUCCAGUUUUAAUUUUUAAAAAUAUUCUUUUUUGUUGUAGUGUAUUAUUUAGUACUUGUCAUCUGGAUUAACAGAUAAAAAGAACAUAAUGUGUUUAAGACUGUUUUUUGAGUACAAAAGUUCUUACUGUAAGGAGAAUUAUACCAUGUAAACGUUUCAUCUUUUCAUGAAAGUGUUAAAUAUUGUAAGAAAGCUAUCCUUUCUCAUUCCUAUCUUUACUAUGAUGUAUUUAUUAUAAUGUAGGGGAUGAAUGUGGAUUGCUGUUAACUAUAAACACUUCUGUAUAUCAGCAUUUAUUGACCACCUACUGUGUGCACAUUACUACUGGAAAAAAUUUUAAGACACUGUUAACAUUAAAGAAUAACUA